AUGGAUACACAGACACAAUACAAAAUAUUUAUCGAAAAUCUUCGAAGUAAAGAACUAAGAUUACAGGCCCUAAACGAUUUGAAGAAUCUUUUAAAUUUCACGUCACCCACUGAUGCUAUGCCUGUAAUUAAAAAUGUAGGCAUUAAUGAAAUUUUUAAAUGCCUUAAUGAUUCUGACAGAAGUCAUGUUGAUUUAAGUUGUGAGCUACUAAAAACAUGUUUUAAUAUGUUUGAACCAGAGGAAGUUGUAAGGAACUAUAUAACAUACAUUAUGUAUUUAUUAAGACAUGAAAAUCCUUGUGUUCGUCAGCUUGCUAUAGAUGUUAUCUACAAAGUAUUUACUUCAAGUCCAGGUACAUUCUCAUUUCCGCAACAUAUAGAUGUGUUUGUGGCAAUUUCCCAGAUGGCUGGAGACCAAGAUGUUGGUAUUGCUAAUAAGGCAGUAUUGAUUACAUCUAAUUUACCACAGGACACUUAUUCAAAGGUACUAGACGAAAUGAAGAUUAUAUUGGAAUAUAAUAGCAGCUGUAAAUGUAAUGCUUUUGAGAUCAUUGUCAAUAUUUCCAAAAAGUCUAAUGAGUUAUUUGAAGUCUGUAAAGAUCAUGGAUACAUAGAUUUUAUGGUUUCCGAACUUGAAACAGAAGAUAUCCUUUAUCAAUUGAAUAUCCUAGAAUUACUAUCACAACUGACAAUUGUACCUUAUGGUAUUUCCUAUUUGAUAAAGAAUGGGUUAUUUAAAAAGAUGGUGCAAAAACUGCAAGACCUUGAGAAUAAUCCUCUAAAAGCACUUUUAAUAACAGGUUACAUAAAAUUCUUUGGAACAGUUACCUAUCAUUAUUCAAAGGAAGUUAUACAUGAAUAUCCAAUGUUGAUAGAGUUUUUGCUCAAGUCAUUUGAUGAAGUGGAACAGACAAUAUUUCCUGUUGUGUUGGACACCCUUGGAGUAAUUGGUAGUACUAUUGAAGGAAAACUGUCCAUGGCGGCAUUUGGUAGUAAAUAUACUCUAGCUGUUGAGAAAAUCGGCGAGUUAAUAAGAAAUAGCGGGACAGAUAUUAAAACUCGGGCGCUAUAUUGUUUCGCCAAUUUAAUAGAUAUCGAGCGGGACCUGAAAAAAUGUCCCGCAGACCCCAGAGUGACAUUAAUGACACGCGAAUGGUUUAGAAGUUUAAGCAAACAGCCGUCAUCUGUGGAAGUGCUGUUUGGGCUUUGCAAGAAUCCGUUCCCAGAUAUCCAAUUUGCUGCGUUUACAUUGUUGGAUGCAGUUUGCCAACAUCAUUGGGGCGAAGAGUUGGUAGCUAACUGUGCAGGUUUUAUAGAAUUUCUGCUUGAUCGCAACGUGGAUUUGAUAAAGCAGUUAAAGGAAGUAAAAUAUGAUGUAAUAAAGCGAUUAUCGAUGUCCACGGCAUUUGAUGCUAACAUUAUUAUGAGACUGCAAACUUAUGUAGAACAAGGGCCAUUCUAUUCGGAAAGCCAAUUGCAAGUGGCCGUAGAAGAAGGAGAGUAA